UGUCAUUUUAUGCAUUAUCAUAUAUUAGUAUAUUACUAUAUUUGUUUGUGGGGAAAAAAACAUGACAGCAAUAAUAAUGACGCAAAGCCCCACGUCAAUACAAGUCGUGGUACAAUCAGUCGUUCGGAUUUGAAUCCCGGGUUCUCCGUUUGCACGGCGGUCUAUCGCUCUAUCUCCGCCCUCUCUAUCUUCCAAACCCCAACACCUCCGAAUCCGAUUUCCACAUAUAACAAUGGGAUUGGGGACGUACACUUUAUCCAUCCACCUACAUGUUAUUCAUUUUAGGAAAAAUGGAAGUGCCAAUGCCAUCAGUCAUUUAUAAAAUCUGGAUCUGAAACCUUUGCAUAAACUUCAUCAUUUAGGUAUCUGAAAAAUGAAAUCUUUGUGGAGUUAAUCGAUUGUGGGUUAGUGUGCGAGUGUUCUGACAGAAAUAGAUGGGAUCGAGCACCAGUAAAUCUAUUGACCCUGAAGCGACGGCGACGCCUAUCGGCCGGCGGAGCUAUUCGAGAAAUGUGUUUCAAACUUCGUGUAUUCGACCGGCAUCUGGAUCUUCCGAUAACAGCGACAUUGAUGACGAUGAGUGCAUCGACGACGAACAGGUAGCUAAAGAAAACGCUAUCGAGGGCAAUCGUUCAAACAUGAUUACAUCAAAAUCAAAAGGUAAAACAGAUCGAAACAAAAGCAUCAAAAAGAAAGGAACAGAUAAAAGGGCAUGCAUACCUUCUGAAACACAGGUGAAUGAAUGGGGUGAAUCAAGCCUAAGUGGCACUGUAUCAAGAAACACCAGUGGCUCUUCUUCUUCCCAAAACCCUUCAAGUCGCUUCCUUUCUCGCUUCACUUUCUUUCCUGGUAACACAAGCUCACGUUCCUCAAGGGCAUAUCCGGAAUCUUCCACAAGUUCCAUCAUAUCAAAUGAUGAAGACCUUCACUCCAAUCGUUCUACCAAAACAAAAACCCGUGUGGGUUGUGAGCCUUUUCCUUCAUGUUUCAUGCCAAGAUCAUCAUCUCAUGCACCACAACAUGAUGAUUCCGACUCUGAUAAUAGUGAUAUAAGUUCUAUCCAUGAAUUAAGUGGAGAUGCCAUUUCCAAUAACAAUGGAAGCUUAUUUUCUCCAAGAAAUGCUUCUCGCUAUGGUGGAAAUAGGAGAAUGGAAUCCCGAGAACCUGUUGAACAAAAUGUUAGGUUUAGUAGAACUUUAAGUGUUGGAAGACUUCGUGAUCGAGUUCUUCAUAGACCAACAUUUCCUGAAUUAGCAUCUUUCCCAUUUCAACAAGAAAGAGAAGUGGUGAAUGAAGUUAGUGAAAGUGGAUCACGUUUGUCUAAUGAGAAUGUGAUGAUAUCUACAACUUCUAGUUACACUCCUUCCACCAUUUCUAACUCCUUGUUUGGGAAUCAAGAUUUUGAAGUUGAUAACAUGGGUGCUAGAGAAACUAGAUAUAGCAACCUUCUUGAACAUAGGUCAAACUUUCUUGAAAGAAGACGAAGAAUAAGAUCUCAGGUACAUGCAUUACAAAGAAUGGGAAAUCGAUUUGAGAAUCUUUCAGGUCAUGAAAGGUCUUGUAUAUUAUCUGGUCAAUAUCAAUCAGGACAUUGCUCAUGUCGAAUCAACAAUCAAGACUCAAAUGAUGGGAAUACUAAUACUACAAGGGGUAGCAUUUCAAGAAUUGUUUUGUUGGCCGAAGCUCUCUUUGAGGUUUUGGAUGAAAUUCAUCAGCAAUCUGUAGUUUCUUCAUCAAGGCCUAUAUUGUCAUCAAUCGGAUCAAUUCCUGCUCCAAUUGAAGUUGUGGAAGCUCUUCCUCUUAAACACUUUCACAAGUUGCCAAAUCAUUUAAAUGAAGAUGAUGCACAAUGUUACAUAUGCCUUGUUGAAUAUGAAGAUGGAGAUGAAGUUCGUGUGCUUCCAUGUCAUCAUGAGUUUCAUAGGCUAUGCAUUGAUAAAUGGCUCAAGGAAAUCCACAGGAUUUGCCCAUUAUGUCGUGGGGACAUUUGCAAAACGGGCUCAUUGCCUACUGAAGCCACCACCAUCGCCGCUCUAAAGCCACAACUACCGUGCCCUGAAGUCUCCACCACCGGAUUUGCUGCCACCACCAUUGCCAUUGACUAG